CAAUGUGCUUUAUGCCAAAGCUCGUCAACACGAUGUGCUCCCCGGUCUCCAGCUCCCAGUGCACUGCUCUUCUGUUUGGAUCCAUGUGCCUGAAAAGUCAGCACUCAUGUGGCCUGACCUUCGGACCAUGAAUCUGCUCCUUCCUGAAAUUUCACUUGGAAAAAUCCCCUCGAGAAACAAGUGCACAUCGAGGUCACACGGACCAACAACGAACGCUGAUGCUCGGAAUGUGUCGAGAAUUUGUCUCGUGCGAGUCUUCAAACGGAUAAGGUUUUGUUAGCGGCUGAAAGUCUCAUCACGAUAUUUCUUCGACUCUGAGCAGAAUCUCAGGAGGGUUUAGUGGUCGAUCUCUAGAUCUGUAAGGAUUGCUGCGCUGUAAUAACUCUGAAUACUGAUUGAGAUAUCAGAUUGAGAGCAGGUAGUGAAUGGUCCAAGAAAAGAUUCUGUACAACCUGAAGACAAGCUUUUAACUUUUCAUUUCUACUGAAACUCUGGUAUCUCUAGCACGGCAAAAAUGGAGCACAAUGGAGAACCACGGGUGCGAAAAAUCAAUGACAAUGUGUAUGAAUUUUGCAAUCCAGACAAUCCGAGUGUAGAGAUAAUUUUCGUUCAUGGGAUCCAGAUGGGGAAUGAAGACGUAAGUAAGCCACACUUGAGCACUUGGAAGGUGAAAUCCGAGAAAGCCGAUGCUCCUACAGAAUACUGGCCGCAAACAUUCUUCGCCAAGGAUGAGCAUCUGACCAGUAAAAACAUAAGUGUGAGAGCAUUGACUGCAUGUUACGAUGCUGCAAAGGAUAGAACUGACAACAGAGGUCGACUAGAUAUAUAUAACAUAGCAGAAAACUUCGUUAACAGUAUGAUUGGAAGUGAUCGUGUGUGCGUGGGUCAACGGGCAGGAGUACCUGUCAUCAUGGUUGGUCAUUCUUUUGGAGGGUUGCUGAUCAUGGAACUGGUGGACCAUAUAUCGAAAAAAGCUCGACAGAAUGGAUCUGCUUACAAAAAUCUGCCCAAGUUUUUGAAUAAUUUGAAGGGGUUCUUCUUCUAUUCCACCCCACACCUGGCGCUCCAAGAUGCAGUUGUUCAGAGGCUCUUUCCAUCGGGAGACAACGUACCAGUUGUCAGAACGUACAACGCUCUGACAACUUUGUUUAAGCAACUGAACAAGGAUGUUGCUCGACUUCACGAGGGUAUGACAAAAUAUGCAGCCAAUCAUGGCAUAGAGGUUUCUGGGGCAUUCGAAUCCAAUGAAACUGAUCUGGGUGACAACCUGGAGCCGAUCAAGAUAGUAACCGAAGCUUCAGCGGGAUGUGGAGCUGGGACAUUAUCUGCAAUCAGGGAGGACCAUUUCAAUGUCUGUAGACCCACAGAUGUGCAAUCCUCAAACUAUCAAGCACUCGCCGAUUUCGUCGUUAGAAUUGUAAAUCGAGAGAAGGAAGAACAUUCCGACGCUGCAGGAUUAGAUCUUCCAGAGGUUUGUUCGUUUGUCCGUGAGGAGGGAGGGACUGAGAGUGGGAGAGAGGCUGAAAGAGAAGAAUCUGAUCGCUCCGAGUUGUGGGGAUCUGCUUUCUAGAUUUAGAAGCCAGGAGAGAAAAUUACGGCUCGGAGAAUCAAUCCCCGAAUUGGAGGUUUCUUGCCUACCUUGAUCAUCAAGUGAAUCUCUCUACUUCUGCUUUGGCUUCUCCAACGACAGCAUUAUCAAUUGUUGCUGCGGUCUAGAUCCGACUAAUGAGAGUACCAAGUCUUUAUUAUGAGUGUGACAUCUCAACUAAGAGUAAUAGCUGUAUAUAUAAUUGGAAGUAACCCUCCCUCAAAGGUCAUGACGUGGAAGUAAACACACUCUUACUUUAUACAACUAGCACAUGUUUAUGUGAACCUUAUGUUUAUCUUACAAUUCUAGCAGUAGGUACCGGUUUCCUAGUGUCUCUUACAAUUCUAGUUGGUACCGGUUAACUAACCAAGUGUCUCUUACAAUUCUAGUAGGCAGCGAUUACCUAGCCAAGUGUCUUGGUAAAUAUCUCGGUGAUUCGGCAUUAAUUCCAAAAUCAAAGUAGCUACAAGGUGAUCUAUAGUGACAUA